AUGCUGGGUGAAAAAGGGCCAUAUAAAAAUUAAAUUUAAAUACUUAAGCAACUAAUUUUCAGAUAGUUUUGUAUGCAUUUGCUUCCAAAUUUAUGCUCAAUAUUUGAUGUAAGAAACUAUAAAGUUAUGAUUUUUCUUAUAAAAAUGAUUAGCCUGACAGGCUCACAUAAAUAGUAUAUUAAAUUCGACAAUACCAAUUGGUAGUUGGUUGGUAGCGCGCAAAUCAUGUACCUAUUAACCUAACCUAAUUUGAUUCUCUGGUCAAUGUGUGAAUUAUUGUAUAUUUUGAUAUUUUUUUGUAACUGUUUGUAAUUUUUAAGUAACCGUUGUGUGGAAGUCAUUUGAUUAUGGUUCUCUGUGACGAUAACUGUUUACGACAAGUAUUAAGAUAUAUAGGUGUUCAGGACCAAAAUAUUUAUACUGACGAUGCAAGCAAGGUUCCAGUAAUCAGUGGCUUUGGUAAUCAUAAAUCUGUGAAAGGCUUCGGAACGAUCAUAAUUGCAUGUGCCAGGGAUUCAAAGUGCCCUCUUCUGGGGAAAAGUGUUGAAGAUGAAGCAUUUGUAAGACAAUGGAUUGAGUACGCAACUUGUUAUGCAAAUUAUUGUGAUUCAACUCAAACAGCUCAUCGAGUUCUUAAGGAGCUGAAUUCCAUUCUAGUUUCUCGAGCGUAUUUAGUGGGCAACAAAUUAUCUCUGGCAGAUGUAGUUUUGUACUAUGUUCUUUAUACUGCAGUGACAGGUUUAUCAUACCAAGACAAGGAACGCUAUCUGCAUGUAUCAAGGUGGUUUGACAACUUGCAGCAGGACAGCAGUCUGAGAAGAGAUAAUAACAUCAUACAUUUCAGUCGCAUUCCAAUAUAUGCAUAAAUUUAAGCCUUCUACAUUUUCAAAUUAAAGGAGAAAUAAAAUAAUAUUUGCUAUUUAUAUGUGUCGUGAAGUCAUAAGUGAGAGUGUGGUGCUUCCAAAAACCUUAAGUAAAACUGAUUUAAAUAAAACUAGUUUAUUGCAUCCUUUA